CGCUCUAGGAAACAUUCAGGAGACAUGGGGACAUUUUUUCUCCUCGUCCGUAAAAGUACCACGGAGUAAAAUAUUGAUGGGGCGACAGGUGUGAUCCUUAAAACACCCGGCAGGUCCUUUUUUUAAAAAAAACCCUUUUUCUGAUCGAUGCAUCACACAGCGAGGGGCUGCCAGCACCCCCGCCGCAGGCCGAACCACGGACCUCAGUACUGAUUCACCGAGCCUCCCUCCUCCUGCAGGAGGUGGAGGUCAGGGAGGUCAGCCGGUGGUCCGGGAGCUGUGGUUCAUCGUGUUGAUGGCGGCCAUCGGCCUGCUGCUGCUCGCCAUCGUGUUAGGCGUCACGCUCCAUAAGGCCCUGAACAAAUCCCCCUUCACCAGGGAGAGACCCCCGCUGGUGGCCCCGCCCACCACCAAGAGGAGCCACAUGGCCAUCUACCCAACCAGCAACUCUCUUUUGUUUGAAACGGUGCCCGACACGACGGGCUUCUCCAACAGCGUGACGCUGAAGGGGUUCACCAUGAAGAUGGAGGAGGUGCUGGGGGCUAAAGGUGAGCCCGUUGACAAGCUGCCUCCACAAGAGCUGGAGAUCCUGAGCGUGAACUCUCUGCGGCGCAGCGUCAGCCAGAUGAUGGACGGGAAGUCGAUGACGGGAGACGAAGCGUGGGACCCCAACAUCUCCGGCCACGACAGCGGGAUGUUCAUGGACGACGAGGAAUUCGUCGACACCGUCAAAGGGUUCAGCACGGUGAGGAAGGAGCACACCAUGUUCACCGACACCAACCUGUGACCCCGAGGACGACCUUUGAACCCGACGGGGGCGCCGGGCCACGCCCUCGCACGAAGCCCCGACGCUUUACGUCUGACAGCCGAGGGGAGCGUUUCUUCUCACUCACGAUGAAGAAGAAAAAGAAAAAGAAGAAGCAGCACAUCUGGUGAAAAGAUCACUGGAGUAACCAUGGCGACUGGGAGGAGCUAUAAGUGGAAAUGUUACUGCUCUGACAUUAAAAACACAUCUGGUCCAGAUACAUUGAGAGUGAAGAGGAGGACGAAGAAUACAGACUCUGCAGCUGUACGGUCAUGUAGAAGAACAUAUUUAACUUUUUUUUAUUUUUCUCUAGAGUACCUUUUUCCUGGUAAUUUUAAUAAUUUUUUAGAAUUUUUAAGGAGGCGUAAUUCUAAUUGUUUGAAUUUAUUUUGUAACCACCAGCUCUACAUGACAGAAAACGUUUGUUAUCUUAUAUUUUAGUCCGUUGCUGAGCAACUUUUUGCAUAAAAAAUGGAUUAAUCGCAAUAUUGAUAUGAAAACAGUAGAAAUAAUAUACAUGAAACACAUUUUGAUAUUAAUAUUCAGUAUCUACAGAUGUAAUACGUCCCUCUCAGAUCCGGCCAUGUUGAGAGCUGUGAGAAGCAAUGGAAACGCUCCCAUCCCGUGUGAAGCAUAAUGUCGGUUCAGAUUCAUGAGAAAUAAAGUAAA